AUGGAGGUAGACGAAGCCACGAACGAAGCCUCUCUAGACCAUAAGAUUCCUCUAAAGCCCCAGAGAGGUUACAUAGACGAGUCUGUCUACCGCGCUAUCGGCACACGACUAAGCCUCCGGCAGUGUUACCGCGAAAACUGGACGAAACAUUCAAAAUAUUGGAACAGGGACCAUGUCAGACUUUAUACCUUGUUACGCAUGUUGGGAUUCCAGGACGGCGAUCAUGUUUUCAAACGAUUCGAGCGCGAAGGUGUUGAUGACUUCUGGCUGCCUUUGAAUAAUGCCAUUUUGAAGAAGAUCAAGUCAGAUUCACUACCAGAGUUUGACGACGAGCUGGAGUUUGCAAAAGCGCAGUCCUACGUUAUGUCUGAUCCGCAGCAAAUGGACGAACAAAACCUAGUUCGUCCAUUCUUUGCGCGACAGUACGAACAAGACAAGCAAAGAUCUCGACCGCGACACAGAUACAUAGAGCACGGGAUCGACUUUUUUACAGACGAGGGGCAAAUUGGCGUGGGCGGCUCCGCCGACGUUAGACGUUUCCGGCAUGAAACCUCGGGCAAGGACUUUGCAUGCAAGCGUCUUCUGCGAAGGACCAAUCCCAAUCUAAAGGAUUUAAAAGAUCAACGGAACCGGCUAGAAUCUUUCAAGAAGGAGAUAGACGCAUUGAAAGAACUUCAAUACCAUCGCCAUGUCGUUAGUCUCGUGGCGAGCUUUACGGAAUUGGAAAGCUUCUCUCUCAUCCUGGACCCAAUCGCUGACCAAGUACUCUUGGAUUUGCUAAAGCGAACGGAUUUACUUUCAGAACAAGAUGUUGCAACCCUGUAUAACUCUUUCAAUUGCCUUGCCACAGCGUUACAAUUCCUUCAUGGGAAGAAUAUUCGUCAUAAAGAUAUCAAGCCCAGCAAUAUCCUUCUAGGCGACGGUAGAGUCUUGCUUUGCGACUUUGGUAUCUCUCAUAAGUGGACGGAUAGCGAUAAUGGAACGACUGAGGGAGUCACCAGCUUCACACACCGUUACGCUGCCCCCGAGGUUCUCCGCUGGGACGCUAGUCGCAACUCGACAACAGAUAUUUGGUCUCUAGGAUGCGUGUUCUUGGAGGUACUCAGUGUUGUCAAAGGCUUUUCUUUCAAUUAUAUAUUGGAAGGUAACGGAUUGUCUUACGGCUCGUUUGGGGAACAUGAGAUGGCGGCUUGGUCUAAGAAGAUCGACGUCUUGUCAGAUGAUACUGUGCAUAACCUGCCAAUGAUCUGGGUUCUAAAAAAUGGUAGGUUGCAGGCAAUACAUAAAGACAAAAGCUUACAGUUGAUUAGAUGCGGCAUGACCCGAAGCAACGAUUAG